AUGUCUACACCAGCGAGAAGAAGACUAAUGAGAGAUUUCAAAAGAAUGAAGGAAGAUGCACCACCAGGUGUGUCUGCGUCGCCCUUACCAGAUAAUGUAAUGGUAUGGAAUGCAAUGAUUAUUGGACCUGCAGAUACGCCAUAUGAAGACGGUACUUUCCGAUUAAUUCUACAAUUCGAUGAAGAUUAUCCAAACAAACCACCACAUGUUAAAUUUAUUAGUGCAAUGUUCCAUCCCAAUGUUUACGCCAAUGGAGAAAUAUGUCUAGAUAUUUUACAAAAUAGAUGGACCCCAACAUAUGACGUUGCUUCCAUAUUGACUAGUAUUCAAAGUUUAUUCAAUGAUCCUAAUCCUGCAUCACCAGCUAAUGUUGAGGCUGCCACUCUAUUUAAAGAUCAUAAGUCACAAUAUAUUAAGCGAGUAAAGGAGACUGUAGAGAAAUCAUGGGAAGAUGAUUUAGAUGACUUGGAUGAUAAUGAAGAAGAGGAUGAUGAUGAGGAGAAUCAAGAAGACCAAAAUCACGAAUGA